AUGCCAGCCGACAAUCACAGUGUUUUUGGCUCUGUUAUCUUCAUCCUGAUUGGAAACCCGGGUACACAGGAGUCUCACAUCUGGCUCGCCACCCCCUUCUGUCUGAUGUACGUUGCGGCGCUUCUGGGGAACUCUCUCCUCCUCUACAUCAUAGCGACAGAACGAAGCCUCCAUGAGCCCAUGUACCUUUUCCUCUCCAUGCUGGCUGCUGCUGACCUGCUGUUAUCCACCACCACAGUGCCCAAGAUGCUGGCCGUGUUCUGGUUCGGUGCAGGGGAAAUUUCUUUUGCUGCCUGCCUCACCCAGAUAUUCUUCAUCUCUGUCAGUCUUUUCUCUGAGUCGGGCAUCCUGGUGGCCAUGGCGUUUGAUCGGUACGUUGCCAUCUGCAACCCCCUGAGAUACACCCCCCUGCUCACCAAGCCUGUGAUCGGGAAGAUCGGGCUGGCGGUUCUCACAAGGAGCGUCGGCGUCUUUUUCCCUUACGUCUUUCUCGUGACACGGCUGAAGUUCUGUCGAAACAACCUCCUGCCUCACAUCUAUUGUCUGGAAUGGGCCGUUGCCCGACUGGCCUGCGACGACAUUACACCCAACUUCUGGUACGGUGUAGCAGUGGCUAUUUUAACAUUCGGUGUGGAUGCUGCUGUCAUUGCUGUGUCUUAUGUGAUGAUCCUCCAGGCCAUCUUCCGGCUGCCUUUCAAGGGCUCCCGGCUGAAGGCUCUUCACACCUGCAGCUCCCACCUCUGUGUCAUCCUGACAUUCUACAUGUCGACUAUUUUUUCCCAUUUUGCCCACCAAUAUGCCCAUAUCAUCCCUGGUUUUAUUCUCAGCCUCCUGGCCAACAGCCACAUGCUCUUUCCCCCCAUGUUAAACCCCAUCAUUUAUGGGGUGAACACAAAUAAGAUCCUGAAAGCGGUGAUCAAGUUGUUUUAUGGUUGGGGCAGCAAAUGCUUCCUACCGAGCUAA